AUGUAUUGGUUGCUCGCCGUGCCCGCUGGGGCAGUUGCUCUAUACGGAUGCGGUAAGAAACGAGGCGCGGCCGGCAAGUCCGGCAAGUCUUCGAGGUCGGGAGGGUCGAAGUCUGGGAGGUCGAAAAGGCAUAAGGGGAAAUCGUCUCGAUCAAGUCGUAGCAAGUCUCGUCGUAGCAAGGGAAGCAGGAGCAGGAAGAGCAGGAGAGGAAGAUCGAAGUCGUCGAAGAGUGGCAGAUCUAGGAAAUCCAGGAGGUCUAAAUCUAAAAGGUCGAAGUCUCGCCGCGCUGCUAAACCGUCUGAGCUUCGUGUGGAGCCUUGCGAGUUGAGCUACAAGGCAAUCGGAGGACUGAAGGGAGUGAACGUCGUCAACGAUACCCAGGAGCGCAAAUUCUUCAAGGCGAGUGGUGGUUAUGUUGCUAGAGGAUGGGAAGCCCAUCGACUGACGUGCAUAUAUGAUGCUUCGCAAGCUGAACUUGCUUCGGACACCACUUGUGUUAUGGCUGCCCUGAACUGUGGUUGGCACGCCGAGGAUGGCGAGACACCAUCACGUGAAGUGUUCAACCAAGGAAGAAGCACGGAAAUGAUGGUGCUGCCACUGCUGGUGCAGGAAUAA